UAGUGUCGUGUGAGGUCUUUUUUGUAGGGAGUUUCGUUGACUUAAAUCCUAGUCAUGCAGUAUUUGCGACCCAGUCACAACAAACAGUCACUGUCAACACUGUUGGAUAAAAAGACCCAAAAGAAUGGACUGAGGAACACUGUUUAUUCUGUCUGUGGAAACAAAUAUACUGGAGAAUGGCAGAACAACAAGAAGCAUGGCUGGGGAAUUCAAGUGUGGAAGAAGACUGGUGCAAUUUAUAAAGGUGAUUGGAAAUGUGGAAUGCGUGAUGGAUGUGGCAUGUACAGCAUUGGAAAUCCACAAUCCAAUGAGUAUACAGAAUAUUAUGGAGAGUGGAAAAAUGGGAAAAAACAUGGCUUUGGGAUAUUCAGCUACAACUGCUCAGACAUUUAUGAAGGAGAGUGGAGUGAGAAUACACGUUGUGGGUGGGGAAUAAUGUACUGUGCCAAUGGAGAUACCUAUGAAGGAGAGUGGUGGAAGGACAAGAGACAUGGCAAAGGCAUUAUUCAAUAUGCAAAUGGAAACUUCUAUGAGGGUUCCUGGAGAGAUGGAAAUAAGAAUGGCUAUGGGAAGUUAUUCUACCCUGACAAAGGGCAGCUUUAUGAGGGCCUUUGGGUGGAUGGUGUAGCAAAAUGUGGCACACUGGCCAAUUUCAGAUGCGAAGCUUCAAGACCACCAAAAUAUCAGAUUCCACAGCUGCAACUAGUGGAUAUGCAGGAAGUAUUGACUGAAGCCCAAUCAGCCUUCGAGAAUCACACGAUAACAGCCACUCAAGAAUAA